AUGAAAGAAGAACUCCAAAAACAACGGAAGAAAUUAGAAGAAGAAUUCACUUCUCGAUAUCAAACAGAAAUGUCACAAAAACCCAUUCAUCUCAAUGUAGGAGGUCAGUUCAUGCCAGUGUCUAUUGGUGACUUGAUGAAUCGAGAGAGAGAACCAGAUUCAUUGUUUUUGAAAAUGUUGACAGGUGACCAUCCCUUUUAUGAAUCAAAAAUAUUUUCCAUGAACGGUCAACAUGUUGACAACUUGAGUGGGAAUUCCGUCUCUCUAAAUAAGGUCAACAACACAACCACUGCUCUCUCGACACUCGCAACAACAAUUACUGUCGGUAGUGGCUGCAGUAUUAAUACUUCCACUUCCGAUAGUUUCACCUUUUGUGAUCCUAGCAAGAUGUCCACAACUGCCAACGCCACACCUGUUUCAUUCAAUAGUAGAACGACUAUGAAUGAAAGUAAUACUUCUAAACUUCUGGAAUUUAACGCUUCAACAACUACCGGAGUUGGAUUUCGUCACCAAUCAGGAACCCCUGCAACAACCAAAGGUGAAGAAGAUUUUAAAAAACCUGUCACAACAAGUCAAGGAGGAUUUACCUUUGGAGCAACUGGAGUGAGUUCCAUUGAGGAUUCCAUCUCUCUAAAAAGUAGUAAAGUCAAUAACAACACCACCACAACUACUCCCUCGGCACUCGCAACAAGUACUAUCAGCAAUGGCUCCUUCGGUUUUGAUAGUUUUUCUUCUAACAACCAAAUCUCCACAACUAACAAUGCUACACCCUCUGUAUUCAAUCUAAGAACAAAUUCGAAUGGAAACGAUGCAUCAACAACAAAUGGUGAUGAGUCACAAGUCAAGAACUCUGUCCCAACAUCCUCUUUACAAAACAAUGGUGACACUUUGAAAAAGAUAGAAAUGAAGCCUUCAACAAAUUUCACAUUUUCAUAUAGCAAACCUGUCACAACAAGCACAGGUGGAUUUAACUUUGGCUCCUUCCCCACCACAAGUAGUAUCAGUGGAGCUGUUAAUAAUAAUGCAAGUGUGACCGACAGUAAUUUGACCAUUCCAAAACUUAAUAUCCAAAAGAACAAUUUGAGUGAUGAAAAAGUUUAUUUUGUAAAUUGUAAUCCGGUUGUAUUUGAACACGUAUUGAGAUGGCUUCGUUAUGGAAUUUUGAACGAGGAUUUAGACUCGUCUUUGUUGUCAGAACUGAAAGUGUUUUGUAAGGUUUUCCAACUCAAAAAGUUGGAGAAUGAGGUGGACAAGGCGAAAAAACAAUUGAACACAAAAAGAGAAAAAAUUACACAAAAACAAUUCUUGAAAAUUUUGAAUACGUCCACCAAAUUGUCAAGCAGGACAUCUGUCUCUUUAAAUCUCUCAGGAUUGGACAUGACUGGGUUGAGAAUUUGCAACGUGAAUAUGAGUGGCAGUGAUAUUGUGGAUUCUUUAUUAUCCUAUGCUGUUUUAGAAAAUUCCAAUCUCUCCGGAAGCAAUUUGUCAAACACUAGUUUCGACGAUGCUUCCUUAGAAAAUGUGAAUCUUUCUGGAAGUAAUUUGACAAAAACUCGUUUCUUCUUUGCUUCCUUAGAAAAGGUGAACUUCUCCAAGUGCAAUUUAAAGGAAUGCAUCUUUGGUUAUACUCAGAAAAUGGUAGAAUGUGACUUUUCAGAUGUAACUAAUUUGGAUAGUUUGUGGAAAGCCACAAGACGUUUUGAUGUAGAGUCUUGGGUAUUUUCCAAUAUAGUGUGGUUGGUUGAUCAUAAUGAUACAACGGACAAAACCUUUUCAAAUUCUACUUUCUCAAACAUUCAGAGUUCAAAAAGGUGCCUGGUAGAUUGA